AUGAAAUUGCUAAAAGAUUUGGUGUUAUUUAGAAGAGAAUUAGAAAAUUGGUAUGAUGUUUUAACAUGGCUGCCUAAUGGUUCUUUACUUAUUAAUACACAAAACGAAUUAACACUAUGCCAAGCAAUUUUUAAAAAAAAUGUUGAAAAAUCAUUGAAAAAUUUGUAUUUUGUUAAAAAUCUAAAGUUAGGAAACAUUGAAUCAAAUAAGUUUGAAUUCGAGUACGAUACAUUUGAAAACACUCUACUAAAUUCCGUUCCUCAAUCAUAUGUUAAAAGGGUGAAAACAAAUUUUAUCAAUGGAUAUUUGGGCGUAUUAACGAACAAUUGCAAUGUUUUAAUAUACAACAAUGAAUUUGAAUUUAUAGGAAAUCUGGACCACGACUCAAAGGCAUUACAAGAAAGAAUUUACCACUCCUUGAGUUGGUCUCCUGAAUCCGUAGAAAAAGAGAAUUUAUUGGUUGUUGGGAAUGAAUGUGGUCAACUUAUUUUUUUCAACGAAAAUGGUAAGUAUGUGAAAACCGUUUCUUUGCUGCAAGAAAAGAACAAAAAUGACUGUAAAAAUAUUUGGGUAACUGAUAUUAUGUGGGAUUAUAUGAAAUAUAUAUGUUGCAUUCUAUCAGAUAACAGUGUGAUAUUAUACAAUUUUGAAGCUGGAUUUAGUACAAUUGUUAAGCCUGCCAAUAGAUUUCACGUUUCAGAAAUCAAGAUUGUUAAAAACAACUUUCUAUUAAUAAAUUGUACUAAUGAACUCAUAUUUUAUUCCAUCGAAACCGGAAGCCUCCUCAAACACACCAAUCAUGAUAAUAAUUAUGAACCAUGCAAUGUUAUCAUUGCAGAGAAUGAUCAGCCCUAUUUGUUAUCGGAUGUUCGCGUUUUUAAAUUGAAUCUAGCCGAUGAGGGGAACGCAAUAGAAAUAUCAACAGCCCCCAUGCUUUCUGAGGCUUUAUUGAAGAAGUACAAUAAAUGGAACACUAUAUACAAUCCAAAUAAACAAUAUAAUACUAAUUUUUCAAUACAUGGAUGUUGCAAAUCACCAGAUGGGUCAAUGUUGGCGGUAUUAUACAACAUAGACAGGAAUUCGCUAAAAUACAAAACCACCUCGGAAUACCACUAUAGGAUAUCACUCAUCCCAUUGAAUGGUAGUACCUGGGAAGUCAAAUCAGAUCUUAAAGGCGCAGGGUUUCUAUGGUACCAAGCUUACAAUUGCUACAAUGGAAAAUUACCACGUAACGUUGAUACUUUUCCUGGUAGUGCCGAACAGCACAAAGAAACACAGGAUGAAGAAAAAGUGGUACUUCAUGAUACUUCUUGUUCAUUUAGGACGUAUUUAAGAAAACAUGUUUUGAAAAAUAACUUAGAGUUAAAGAAAUUGCAAUUUUUGAGUUUUAUAGAAGACUCAAAAUUGAGAAUAGUCAAAAAAUAUUGCCAAUUAGUUUAUCAUUAUGCCAUAGAACAUCUGGCUGAAAUCACUAAUCCGCUUGACAAAGCCUGUGUUACAGCGAUGGCACAAAAUAUUGGAUCGGAAACACCAUUCCCUUCUUUGCAGGAUACAUUAAUGCGGGGUAAAUUUAUUUCAGAAACAUUUGAUUUCAACAUGCAAAACAAAGAUAACAUUACUGGAGAAAUAGAAAGUGAAAAUAUUUUUAAAAUCGUUUCUAUAGAGGGUCAUGAAUGGAUGAGAUGUUCCAUAACCUUUUUACCACUCCUUUCGCCAGCAUUAAAAUACUGUCCUGUAACAAAGUUAAGGAUGUUGGAUAUUAAGAGAGAUAAUGAAAAUGACUAUGGAUGGCUAACGAAAACUUUGUUGGAAGAAUGCAAUUCUAUAAGUAUUUACGCUGAUGUAAAUUUGGAAUGUAUAUAG